GCGUGCGAGGCGAAUUGAUGUGUUUGGUGUGUGACAUAGUUUAUCAUUUAUUAGACAAUUGACAACAGAAUUGACCAUGUUGGAAAGAAACUUGCCCAUGUCGAAGAGCAGUCUGGAAGCAGCUGCAGAAGCAGCAGCUAAAGUGAAUGCCAUGUUGAUUGCCAAAGGGAAACUGAAACCCUCCCAAGUGAUGCCCACACAGACCAGCAGAACAAAGCAGAACACUGCUCCUAACAACCUGAUUGUAGCGGAGGUUGAGAUCAACGAUGUUCCAAUAGGCUGUCGUAACACACUCACACGGGGAUCCACCCAGGAAGAGAUUUCCAAGAUGAGUGGUGCCGCAGUGUCCACCAGAGGGCGUUACUUGCCUCCACAUGAAAGAAUGAAAAAUACUGUAGAAAGAGCUCUGUAUCUGUGUGUGCAGGGACCCACUCACCAUUCUGUGGAAUGCGCUGUGAACCGAAUCAAUGAGGUUAUUCAGCAGGGGAUGAAAACACGCAACACACGGUUCUCCCCCGCUGUCAGGCCAACUGUCAAUGUUCCCGGGCCGCACCUCGGACCUCCCCCUAUCAACACCAGUCAGCCCCCACCACCCAUAUGUCAGCAGUCUCCACGGCUUGCUUUUGUUCAAGAGAAACUCUACAUUGGAUUGGAACAUGCUCCACCAAAUUUUGAUGUCAAACAGAAAGUGUUUGGACCCGGCGGUGGUUUUCUGCAGCACAUAGCCAACGAAACUGGUGCCAAAGUUACUCUCCGAGGAAAAGGAUCAGGAUUUCUGGAACCCACAUCAGGUCGAGAGGCAUUUGAACCCAUGCAUGUCCACAUUCAACAUCCGACUAUUAUGGGACUUCAGCAGGCCAAACAGUUAGCCGAGAACCUUAUCCAAACGAUUGGUAGCCAUUGUUUCUGUUCGUGCAACUCGAAGGUUCAGCAGGAGUAUGCCCAGUUUCAGCAGGUGUUGGCUGCGAUGCCGCCCACUAUAUCCCCUGCUACAGCGACCAUGCUAGCAGGCAUUCAGCAGCAGACUGCGUCACUGCCAGGUCACCUUGUGGCCACACAGCCAGGACUGGGCCCAAUACACAUAACCAGCCAACAACAUCAUGUCGGCCAUCCAGGUGUACAGGUGUGCCCUCCUCCAGGUAUGUUAGGGCAGCAGGUAUUACAGACUUCACAGACCCAACAGGUGGUUGUCCAGCCGUCCAUGCAAUCGAAUAUAGUCAGCAUCGCCCCUGCCUUGAUCAAUGCAUCCACAGGCCUGACGUCAUCCGGUCCCCCUGGUGUCGUCAUCCCGACCACACUGGGAACAGUUCAGGUGAUGACGUCCAUUCCUGUAUCAAGCACGCAAGUCAUGCAAGGGCCUCCAACCUCUGUGACAUCAACGAUUGAUGGGAGUCUCAUCCACAACCCAAAUAUUCCUCCCCCCACACUGCAGCAGGCUAACAUGCAUGGGGCACAGCAUGAAAUGGUGAUGGCCGAGGCACAACUUAUUGGCACAUCUCCGGGAGGUCAACCCACCCACUUGAUUGUGGGUCAACCUCCACAGCAGGUCACUCAAGUGAUGCAUCAGUUGGCUCAGAUGGGUGGUCCGUCACCCGUCUCCAUGGCGGUACAGUCACACCUGUCGGGCCCCGGGUCCAUUCCUACCAUGGACCGCCUCGAUCCUGGGGUACAGCUCAUCUCACAGCCAGGCUUACCUCCCCAUGUACCCCCACCGUCAUCGAUGCAGGGACAUGUUCUGUCUCAGAUUCCUUUAAGUAGUGUGCAGCCGUUCUCUAUUGCGGGCUCGGUGGCCGGUUCUACAACACAAGCAGCCACCACGUACACUGUGGCUACAUCCGGAUACUUGUACAGCACGCAGCUUAAAGAAGAACCGGCAAAACGAAGAUUCACAGAGGAGAAACCGGAGGAAAAAAUACCCGAAAAUCUAUUGGGGUAUCAGCAUGGUCCUCCACAUCUCACCAACUUGAUGGCGUCUGGCCCCCCACCCCAGUCCGGCCCAGCACAGACGUUCAACAUGAUGCCUCCUGGUGCCAUACCUCUCGGGAUGCCCCCAGUAUCAGCCGCUGAGGAAAACAGAUUACCUCCUCAUGAGAGAGCCGACUUGGACAAACAGUUGAUGCCACCACCUCCAGUAGCAGGAAUAAAACGAAGUCAUCAUGGCCAUGGUGGAGAUCAGGACAAGAAGAGGAAGAAUCGUGGAGCUCUUAGCACUGUGGCUUUUUAUGGUUCUGAUGAAGAAGAAGAAGACCAAAACCUAACACGGUGGGAACAGGAGCGCGAGCACAUUGAGCGAGAACGGGAGGACGUUGAGAGGGAGAGAGAGAACAUUGAGCGGGAACAGUGCCAGGCUGACCAGGACAACCAGCUGCGAGAGCAGCACGAGCGCGACAUGAUAGAGAGAGAAAAGAGACACGCCGAGAACGAAAACCGCAACUUCUACACACACUUCUCGAGCAAACCUCAGCUGUACUUCGACAAUGAUCGACGGUCACCCGAACACUUCAAUCCUCAGAGUCCGGGACAACUGGGAGGGUUUGAGCAGCAGCAGCAACCACCAGGACAGCAGGAGUUUGAGCAGCAGAUGUCGGCGAACCAUUUUAACCAGCAGCAGCAGCAGCAGCAACAGCCUCCUCUUCCACCACAAAUGUCUCAGCAUCCUCCUCCCCCGCCUCAGUCGGCUCUGGAGCCCAUUCAGAAUCAUAUUCAGCAGAUGCCUCAAUUCUCGAUCGCCAUGACUCCGGUUCCAUCAUUCGCACAGCAGGCUCCGCCAUCUUCCCAGCAACAUAUACAGUUCUCCCAGCAGCCACCAGAACACGCGCAGAUUCAGUUCUCACAGCCGGGAGAGCAUCCUCCACAGACACAGAUCUCGUUCUCCCAGCCAGGGGAACACCCACAGCCGACCCAGAUUCAGUUCACACAGCCCGGGGAGCCGCCCGAGCAGCAGCAGCAACAGCAGGUGAUGGCAGGACAGCCCACCUCCCUGGCACAGCCACCACCUCCCCCACUGUCGCAGCACAGCAUCUCCAAUGGAGGGUUCGGCAAUCCACAGAUGUUCACCACCAUCACCAGCUUCCCACCCCCACCACCUCCACCCCAGCCGUCACCCUCUCCCCAGUACCAGUUCCAUCACCCUCCCCCGAAUUUGCCAUUUUGGGCAGGUGCUCCUAAUUGGAAGGAAUGAGUAGCUGAAUGAGUAUGUAUGUGUGUGUAUUGAAACUGUUUGGAGGAUGGAUCCAGUUUAUCAUUGAUAUUACUGAGAUUCUGUGCUUCAGGUAAAUGAAGUUUGUUAAUUGAACAACAGACACUGUGUUCUUGCAAUACUGUACUGACACUGGCUCUAUGAGUCUAAGAUGCAGGACAGCAGAUACAUUAUUGUGGCAUUGCCAGAGUAUUUCUGUUUCAUCGUUUUCACUAAUGGUGUAUGCAGUAUUUCAAAAGACUUCAGGAGAAACUAACUUGAAUAUGCAACACAAAUAGUUUAUUUUUUAACUGUUUAGUGACUGUUCAGUGAAUGUAUUUAUUGUGGAUGACAGUAUUAUGUUUGCUUGAACUGCAUUUGGUCAGUAAAAAUGUCUUCGGGCUACUGAAAACAACAACGAGUGAGAAUAUUUCUACUACAUUUGGUUCCUAAGAUUGUCUUUUGUUAAUGUCGUCAGAUUCUCUAGCAAUACUAGGUUUUUGUCUAAUGAUACAUGAAUAUUAGCUGUGGUAGAGAACAGAUGCAAUGGUUUGUAAUAGCCAACACCCUUUAUGGACACGGGGAGGGUGGGGGGGGGGAUGUUCCUUUCCCACUAGUACUCCAGGACGUGUACUGUACUGUUCUGUCUGUGGGAUAGUGCAUAUAAAAAUCCCUUUCUGCUUUAUCGGUAGAAGUCGACAAUGUGGUGGCAGUGGGUUUUUCACCUGUGUUAGUCAGUGUGUGUAUGUGUGUGUGAGAGUUUGUGUGUUUGAGAUUGUGUUUGUCUGUUUAUGUGAGUCUGUUUGUGUGUGUGUGUGCUUUGCGCACGUCUUGUGAAAACAUUAAAUUUAAAAUACUUUUCAAUUGUUUUUUCCAAUUGUUAGUUUGGCAUUUAGCUCCAUUUCUCACAAAUAUAAGUCCUACAUCAAUAUUUUUAUGUAUUUUUCUUUUUUAACAUCCAUUGAGAUGAACAACUAUAGAUGCAGAUGUCGGUGAUAUUGAAUAACUAUCAUAGAUGAGACGUUUCAUUCUACAGAAUAUUUGUUUUUGUGUUUCUUUGAAACUGCUAGCCUUAUGUGGAUUUAUUUAUUUUUCCACUUCCAGUACAUGUGAGCCACAAUGGCUUUACCAUUCUAGAAAGAAAAAGAAAUGCUUUAUUUAACGACUCACACAACACAUUUUAUUUACGGUUAUAUGGCGUCAGACAUAUGGUUACGGAUAACACAGAUAUUGAUAUUCAUGGGCUACUC